UCCCUUUUUUCUCAUUUGUUUAGUGCUUCUCUUAGCAUAUCCAUGCAGACUCAUGUUAACAAUAAACUGAAGUACUUUUAAAACUUCCUUAAAUCAUAUUCAUCAUCUAGAAACCAAGAUUACAAUUUACAAAGUUGAAUACUACUUAAUACACCAAAAUGCCAAAUCAAGGACCAAAAAACGUUGUCGAAUUAGCUGAAGCUGUACCAAAAAAUGGAGAAGUUUUCUUGAAAUGGGAAGAUCUGUGGGUGAGAGCUUCAAACAUAAAAGAUGGAAGCAAAGCCAUUCUUAAAGGUUUAACUGGCUAUGCCCGGCCUGGUGAACUCUUGGCUAUCAUGGGUCCUUCUGGCUGUGGCAAAUCAACACUUCUCGAUACAAUAGCAGGGAGAUUAAGAUCGGGCACAAGGCAGAGUGGAGAUAUUCUAAUCAAUGGCCACAAACAGACGCUGGCAUAUGGAACCUUUGCCUAUGUGACUCAAGAUGAUACUCUACUUGCAACAUUAACAGUAAAAGAAGCCGUAUACUAUUCUGCUGAACUGCAACUCCCAAAUUCCAUGCCAAAAUCAAAGAAAAAAGAAAUAGCAGACAUUACUAUAAAGGAAAUGGGGUUGCAAGAUGCAAUGGAAACAAGAAUUGGAGGAUGGAGCGGUAAAGGAAUAAGUGGAGGACAGAAGAGGAGAGUCAGCAUAUGUAUGGAGAUUUUAACGCGCCCAAAACUUCUCUUUCUUGAUGAGCCAACUAGUGGACUUGAUAGUGCAGCAUCUUAUUAUGUUAUGAAAACAAUUGCAAGCCAAUGCAAAGGGAGAACCAUUGUUGCCUCAAUUCAUCAACCUAGUGCUGAAGUUUUCGCUCUAUUUCAUUCUUUAUGUCUUCUGUCUUCUGGUAGAACUGUGUAUUUUGGCCCUGCUAGUGCAGCAAUUGAGUUUUUUGCAUUGAGUGGUUUUCCUUGCCCGACUCUCCAGAAUCCAUCUGAUCAUUUUCUCAAAACAAUAAACAGUGACUUUGAUCAGGACAUUGAAGAAGGUUCAACUGGAAGGAAAACAACAGAAGAGGUGAUUAAUAUCCUGAUAAAGUCAUACAGAUCUUCUGAUAAGUACAAUGCGGUUCAGAGCCAAGUUGCUGAAAUCUGCAAACAGGAAGGUGAAAUACUGGAGAAAAGAAGUCAUGUCAGCUUCACAAACCAAAGCUUUGUUUUGACAAGAAGAUCAUUUGUGAACAUGUGCCACGAUCUUGGUUACUACUGGCUACGUUUAGCUGUUUAUGUUGUCAUAGCUAUAGGUCUCGGUACCAUCUACUAUGAUGUUGGAUUUUCUACUGCUUCAGUUCAGGCAAGAGGUACCAUGCUUAUGUUUGUGGCUUCAUUCAUCACUUUUAUGGCCAUUGGUGGAUUCCCCUCUUUUGUGGAAGAUCUGAAGGUAUUUCAGCUAGAGAAACUAAAUGGUCAUUAUGGAUCUGGUUCAUUUGUCAUUGCCAAUACACUUUCUUCUAUGCCAUACUUGCUACUAGUAUCUUUGAUUCCAGGAGCUAUUGCUUAUUUUCUAACUGGACUACAAAAUGGAGUUGAGCAUUUCAUCUACUUUGUACUAGUCCUUUUCACCUGUAUGAUGUUGGUUGAGAGCCUAAUGAUGAUUGUAGCAAGCAUUGUCCCUAAUUUCCUCAUGGGAAUAAUAACUGGAGCAGGACUACAAGCGCUUAUGAUACUAAGUGGCGGAUUCUUUCGAUUACCAAGUGAUUUGCCUAAGCCAUUUUGGAAGUACCCUUUACACUAUGUAGCUUUUCAUACGUAUGCUUUUGAAGGACUGUUCAAGAACGAGUUAGAAGGGCUAAAAAUUCAAGAUGUGCAAAAGGGUAAAUUAGUUCAAAUGAUCAAUGGGGAGGAUAUUCUGAGAAAUACAUGGCAAAUGAAUAUGAAUUACUCAAAAUGGGUGGAUCUUGCUAUUUUACUAGGGAUGGUUGUUUUUUACAGGCUAUUAUUCUUGCUAUUUGUCAAGGCUGGUGAAAAAGUUAAGCCAACUAUAAGAGCAUUCAUAUCGUCUACCUCGCCUAACCAAAUCAAUACGGCAGAAAGACAUUUGGAUGAAUUUGAUACCUAAAAACACUGAUAGAGUAAAAAUUAUUUACAGUGUCAGUGUAUGUAAGUUUAAUCAAUUUAUGAUAUUUCAAUGCUCAGGCUAAUAAAGUGCAAACAUAAUUGGCUCGCAAA